CAGGAGGCCCUGCAGGAGCGCUACCGCCUGGGUUCCCUGCUGGGGCGCGGCGGAUUCGGCAGCGUCUGCUCGGCGACGCGGCUCUCGGACGGCACCCCGGUGGCCAUCAAACGCGUGCCGCGGGAUCGCAUCCGGCACUGGAGCGAGCUGCCCGACGGCACCAGCGCGCCCCUGGAGAUCGUGCUGCUGGCCAAGGUGUCCUGUGGGUGUGCUGGUGUCAUUCAGCUGCUGGAGUGGCUUGAGCUCCCCGACAGCUUCUUGCUGGUGAUGGAGCGUCCAGAGCGGUGCCAGGAGCUCUCGGGUUUCCUGGCGGAGCGGAGGUUCCUGCCGGAGGAGGAGGCGCGGGGGCUGUUCCGCCAGGUGCUGGAGGCCGUGCGGCACUGCACCAGCUGCGGGGUCCUGCACAGGGACAUCAAGCCUGAGAACAUCCUGCUCAACCUGGCCAGCGGGCAGCUGAAACUGAUUGACUUUGGCUGUGGCGCCUUCCUCCAAGACACAGCCUACACCCAGUUUGCAGGAACCCUGGCCUACAGCCCUCCAGAGUGGACCCAGCACCAAAGCUACCAUGGCGAGGCAGCGACGAUCUGGUCCCUGGGCCUCCUGCUGUACCAGCUGGUCGUGGGGAAGCACCCGUUCAGGAGGGGCCAGGAGAUCAUCUGGGGGCGCAUCUUGUUCCCAGCACGGCUCUCUCAAGAGUGCCAAGAUGUCAUUAAGAGGUGUUUGUCCAUGCAGCCCUCGGACAGGCCAUCAUUAGAAGAGCUUUUCUGCCAUCCUUGGGUGCAGGGUGCUCCUCGGCCCUAGAAGAUGGAGAGAUCCAUGUGCACAGUUGGAUCCAGGGGCCUGGCAGGUACCAGCUCCACACAUCUCUUGGCACUCAGUGGCAAAGCAAACCAGACUGGUUUUGUCCUGCCUGUAGCUCUGAGCAGGGGUCAGCAGAAGGGAACAAGCAGCUCUUGGGCGGGAGCUGAGCUGG